GUUUAAUUAAAAUCGAUUUAUCCGAACGUGUCAGGUUAACUUGUGAUCAAAACAAGUUCAUAUACAUAAUGAUAAUGCAUAUAGAUUUUGUGUGAGGUUAUCAACUCAAAUGCAAACCAAGGUGAUAACUUACAUAUAAAGUAUUUGUCGCAUGUAACACAUGUAGCCAGUGUAAUGGAUUCUAAAGGAUGUGUAGUUCUGGUCACAGGAGGAUCCGGGUUUUUGGGACAACAUGUGGUUGGAUUACUUCAAGAACGUGCUGAUCACGUGACGGGUAUCAGAGUCCUAGAUGUCAUUCCAUAUAAAAAUAAACUUGAUAUCAUUAUAGAUUAUGCAGAAAGGCUACCCGUGCAGCAGUAUGUUGGGAGCGUGACGGACAAAGACCUGGUUCAAAGAGCAUGCAAGGGUGUGGACUGUGUAAUGCAUGUGGCUAGUAUAGUAGAUACAUCUCUUAUACCUGAUGAGGACCUGAGCUACAAAAUAAAUGUUGCUGGCACAAAGAACGUGAUAGCAGGUUGCCGAAAGAAUGGCGUCAAACGGCUGUUAUACUGCAGUACGGUAGAAGUCGUGACUGGGACAGGAAAUAUAUAUGAUGGAACAGAGGAUAAUACAGAAUACGCUACUAGCCAUCUGUUCAAGGCAUAUGGAUCUACCAAAGUUGAAGCCGAAAGACUUGUACUAGAAGCAAAUUGCAGUGAACUGAAGACGCUUGCAUUACGACCAGCCGUGAUGUACGGAGAAUUAGAAUGGAGAUCUCUAGGGCGUCAUGCGACCGGAUUUUUAGCACAGAAGAUGGGUCGUUAUGUUCGCUUAGAUUGUAAGAACGGUCUUGUCGAACACGUUUAUGUCGGCAAUGUGGCUUGGGGAUUUGUUUCUGCAGAAAACAACUUCCACGAAGGUAGAAUUCAACAGGGCUCAACCGGAUGUGGUUAUUUUAUCGUAGACGAUUCUCCAAGAACAAAUCUCUCUGCAUUCAUGGACAACAUUUUGUUAGAAAUAGGUCUGAAGCCUUUCGCACUAACUUUACCAAUAUGGAUUUUUGUCUUUCCUCUUUAUAUACUUUACUUAUUACUUAGUCUUAUUUCGAUAGUACACAGGGUAAAUUUUUUCGUUGGAAUAAUUCCGUUUAUGUCUUUGCAUAGAAUUUGUCUGUUUAGAUAUGAGAAAGCUAGCAAAUAUCUUGGCUAUAAGCCUUUGUACAGCUACGAUGAAGCAAAACAAAGAACAGUUAAAUUUUUUCAGUCAUGUUUGUCUACUCGUUCGUAGAGCUAGUGUCAGUUAUACUUCGAUAUAAUACAUAUCUAUUGAAGUUCCUUUUCAUGAUUUUAAACGCAUAAUUAUAGUUACUGGUGAAAUUUGUCAGUUGAAGUGAUUAGAAUCAGAUUAUCGUGUGAUCUCAAUUGCAGGGAUGUUUUUAUGAUAACUAUUUCAUUAUUCAAAGCAACGAAUGCACUAAGUCAAUGACUUUCUAUGAUUGCUGUUUAUUUUUAUUUUAAGUUAUGAAGCAAAAUUUUUCUUGCAGCCGCAUGAAAUGUCAUUAGAAAUAUAAUUCCUUAGAAAUUGGAAUGGGCAUCUGCUAAUGAACACGAAAUUGGUAUGUUUGUAUAAUGGGACCAAAUAUUACCAAACACUUACACGACAAUUUCGUUUGUCCGGUAAUAUACUCGUAUGACUCAUUUUGAAAAAAAAAUAUUUACACGCUGUAAACUGUGCUUUUUCGUUUGAGCUUGUUGCCGACAUGUAAACUGUAAAUAACGUGCUAUUGCAUGCAUUACCGAACGUAUCGACAUUACCGAACACAAAGGUCGAGCAUUUCUAAACAUGUCAACCACUCCAUUGUGAUUACAAGUAUGUUACAGCAGAUCCGAUGAUCUUGACUCCGAGUUGUGCCGUUAGCACUGUUUACCACAAAAUGGCAAUUCGGUGAUUAUUUUUGCCGAUGGCCAGCUUUAAUCAAAGACUAACUUGAUCUUUGCAAAUACAUUGGUAAACUUAUCUUUGCACUUUCUUAAUUGUUUUUAUUUAAGUGAAAUCAGUGAGUCUUUAUAUAUUAUAAUAAUAUGUAGGAACAGACAAUUCAUGAAUGUUUCUUUCCCUCUCUUUUGGAUACGUUUUCAUCGCUUAAUUUUAUUUGUAUUUGUUUGUAUUUGUGUUAUGUUUAAUGCAAUAAAAUCUUGUUACAUUGUA